AUGAUAUUAAAUUGUGUCGAAGAGGAUAAACGACAUAAUAGAAUAUCAAUGGCAUCUCCAAUAAUUGGUUUAGGAAUUUCAUCAGAAAGAUUAGGUAUUUCGUUAGAAUUGGAUUUAGAAAGAUCAGGAAUAAUUCUAAAUGCUCUAAAAAUACAAGAA